UACGACCACGACCACGGCGGCCGGCGGCAGCUCUGUUACGCACGCUUUUCGGCGGCUGCUCCGGCGGCGCCGGGUGCGGAUGCGGCGAGAAUGGCCGAGGAGAAGCGCGCCGCGUCGGAAAGCGCGUGAGGCGGUUGCGCCGCCCGGAUGCCGGUUCCGGCGGCCCAAUCGGCGGCGACCGGAUCUGAUCGCUCGCAGUCGGCUGCUGGUCCAAUGGGCGCCGAGGCGGGGAAGAACGCGAACCGAUGAACCGCGCCUGUCCUGCCUGAGAUGAAGCCUUCCGUGUUUAGCGUCCAGGUCGCGUCGCCGUCGCGAGCCAAACAUGCUUCAGGCGAUUUUGCUCUAGGUACCCUACCCUACCAAAAGCCCCUUUAACCCACUGCUGUCUCUUUUUCUUCAUAUAUGCUUCAACAGGAAGAUGGACACAAAAGGUCUUUAAUUUUUCGGGGAGGUUCUUUGGCUUCGUCCUGCUUUCCAAGUGAUAAGAUUAAGAGAUGAGGGAAUUUUUUCGAAUGGACUGAAUUAAUGAGUUCGGAUUGAGGAAAGGGAAUAAAGGUUUGUUAAUUGUGCUUUACAUAAUCUCAAACCUGGAGCUAGAGAAAUGUCAUUGUCGUUUCAAGAUAAAAUCAGAUUUGCCCAAGCAAACCCCAAUAGUCCAAGGUAUAUUAUUACCUCACGAAGUACCGAAUUUUCAAUCACCGGAUGGUAUAUGUAGUUGGUAAAACAGAACCAGUUAUGCGGAAUUUUGGCUGCUCGAAAUGGAAAUCUGAAUAGUCCAAAGCGCGUGGCGUGCGCAGGAGCUCCCUCUGAGGGAGCAGGGAAUAGUAUUCUUCGGGGACACGGAGAACAAUCUUUGCAAAUCAUUAUUGGAUUGGAAUUUAUAACCUUGGAAUACUUUGCUCUUUUGAGAAAGCAGAGUAACGUUUAGCUGCAAUACGGAGCAAGCUUCACCUUCACCAGAUCAGUACUCAUUUCGUAGGAAAGAUUUAUUUGAUUUGAUCUUCACCACUUGGUCUUUGAUUUGCUUUGCCGAUCUACAUCCCAUGGAUCGUGAACCAACAUGAUUUAGUGGAAACAGUAUUUACAAUUGGUAACGCCUUUCCCUUUGCACUUCCGUGUGGAAUUGAUUCCUAUGCGAGUCGGCAGCGUGAGAAGCAUCAACCCAACCUUGCUCUUUCUCUACCGUUUAUAGGCGUUAAAGCAUCCAAGUCAUGAAACCAAAAGUUGUAUGAUAAAUGUUAAGUGAAUGCCCACUUUGUUACAAAGGGAACACCCUGUUUAUGUGUCUACACUUGAUUGGUGGGAUCAAGGAAAAGAUAUGUUGAUAUUUUUCACAGAAGUCUAUCUGCAAGUUCAAGCAAUGUUGUCUCCAGGACAACAGAUUGGCGUCUAUAGUAUGUCCCACGGAAUAGUAAUUGUCACUAAUAUUUUGGAUUGCAUCAAACUGUGUUUGUUGAAGAUUGCAAAAAGAUCCAUAUGAACCUGUAAGCUAUUCAACUAGACCUAUCCAUUUUUAGGGAAUCAAUGAAUACAAUGUGCGACUGUGCGAACCAUACAUCUUUUCUUGGAAGACGAAAUCGUAAUUUUAUCUUGGUAAUCAAGCUUCUAUCUUAUAUUAUCAGAUAUUACCCUUACUUGGUCUCUGAGCAACAAGGCUAAAUGUUUUGUGCUAGUUAUGUUUCAGUUCCGGGUGACAACAGAGGGAGAUGAACAGAAAUAAGUCCCAAACAGGUGGUUUUCCUGCAAAGAAACAGUACGGAUAGCUGACUACAAGUGAACAUGGAACCUCUUGAAUUAUUGCGGAAAGGUGUGAUUUGGGAGAAUAUAUGUAGAUCAGAAUAGGUUUUGUGAAUGUCUAUAGAUCAUGCACGUAUGUGGAGAAUCGAUUCUCAAGAGGCUAUAUAUAUUUAACCCCAAUAAUACAAUCUGCCCUUGGCAUAUAGUGCGAGCAUUUAGCCAACUUUAGUAUUACUAUCUUCGGGAGGUUGCUCGGCAUCUGGAAUGGACAAGACUCGCAAACCCUCAAUAAAAUUAGUAAAGGGAAAUAUAUUAACUAAAGAGUAGUAAUUUUACUUAUUUGUUGGCUGUUUGCCCUUGACAUGAGAAGCCUUCUAAGAGGUGCUAGUAAUAGCUUCAUUGAACUGUUGAUUUUGUUGCCAUGAAUCUUGCAAGCCAUUUUCUUAAUUGUUACAUAUAUCUAUUUUGGCCCCUUGAGUGAUAAUUUUUGCCAACCAUUGUGCACUACAGAACAGGGGAUGGCAAAGGAAGAAUAUAUAAUGUUUUUUUUUGCAAGGUACUCCGUCCAUCCACUUUUAGUGGGCAUGCACGCAUUUCAAGGUUCAACUUUGACCACUAAUUAGACCAAUAAUAUGUAGUUUGUGUGCCAUAGUUAUACCAUUGAAUCUGUAAGUUUCCAUGGUACUGUUUUUUAUGACACAUAACCCAUAUUUUAUUGGUGUAAUUGAUGGUCCAAGUUAAAUUCUGCACAUCCACUGAGGAUGGAGGGAGCAAUAUAUUAUACACAGCUGCAUGCUUAAUCAGGGCUGAGCAUAUAGGAAGUAUAUAUUGUGAACUAGAAGCACAUUUACUGAUUCUUCUUUCCAAAAGACUCAACACAUUUACUAAUUACAGGCAAGUAACAUUGUGAUUUCGUAAAUUCAACACCUGCAAGCUUUUCAUUGAGUUGCAUAAUGGGGAAUACAUAAGAGAAAGGCUAAUUUAAAGAACUCAAUUAAGAUGAGAAUUUCUUGUGGAACUUUUAAUGAUUCAGAACUAUAUGUAAAUUUUCUGUACAAUUGAAUGUACUUAGAUUCGCUGAUGAAUUUCUCAUUUCCCUGUUAAUAGAUGGUCUCUAUUCUUGAUCCACCUUCCUUUCCUAUCCUUAGAAUUCCUCAAGCGAUGUGUCACUUUUGUCUAACUGGGAGCACUAGGAUUUCUAUUAGCCACACGAAGUGUGCCCUAUUGCUAGAUCUGCACGUCCCCAGGCAUCAAGCCUGACCCAGGCACAUCUUUGUGGGGUGAAUCAAAGUCUAAAGCAUAGAUUCUUCGAUCCUUAGUUCCUCGCAUCUAUGUCUUAUGAAGAUUAUCAUAGCUAAUUAGCUAUUGACUGUGAACAACUUAAAUAAUAAAAAAAAUCCCUAAACGGUUUCUCAGGAAAAAAAGAAGAAGAGAAAAGGUGGCCAAGAAUAUAUAGCAGGAAACAAUUCUCCUUGAUCAGGUUAUGUCAUUGUGGCAAAUUUUCACUCUUAAAGUCCAGCAAUAUCCAUGAAGUGAACUUCAGCCUCAAGCAAUUUUUAAGUUUUAACUAAUCAACUCAGUUCUUUAAAAACUAAUUAAAUCUUGAAGCAACUUAUAUAUUUACAUGAAAGACUGAUUUAGCAUAUACUUGCAUGCCCUGCAGACACCAUUCUGACUUGUCAUCCAUGCACCUAUUGUUGCCUUCCUGGCUGCUUGCACAUUUACAACUGGGCUAUGCUGUAUUCCUAACUUGAGAUUUUUAUCAUAGUUAUGAAAGUAGUGAGUUAUCCAUUCCAAUGAAAAGUUUAUUUGGGUGCAUCGUAUUACACGAAACAGUUGCCUGCUCGGUCUUCGUUCUGUGCAGUGUAUAAAUGUUCAUAGAUAUUGCACCCACUACCCAGAUUAUCUUACUGAAGCAACUGUUUGAUUUUUCGUUUAGUUACUUAUAGAAGUUAUUACAUUUACUUUUGUACGAACCAGUUAAUACACACAUUCAGAGUAAUAUUCUACAUUGUGGACUCUAGACAUAACACAGAAAUCCUCCUAUCUUCAGCAUCACUUAUUCACUUUCCUGUUGCAUUUUGUUCUUUUUUUCCCAUGUCCUUUUUUCUCCAUUCACCCCGUUGUUUAAUUUGGAUAGCUCAGUUAGAAAGGCUAAGAUCAGAGAAUCUCCGUGCUUCCACAGCCACCCUCGAUUUACAAUUAUUGAGGUGCCUCCACUAUAAAAAGACAACCCUCCACAAGAAGAAAGAACACAGCAAGCAAGCAAGCACACAACAAGGACAAGACAGCAACUGAUAACCCUAGUACUAAACCAAAAGCUUUCACAGGGGCUAACUGCGAAUGAACACCCAGAGGAAGCCUGGAGACUGGAACUGCAACUCCUGCCAGCACCUCAACUUCAGCCGCCGUGACUUCUGCCAGCGCUGCCAUACCACACGCUUGGAUCUGCAGCUCGGAGACGGCCGCAGCAUAGGUGGCGUGCUGACCUCCCUGGACGUUCGCCCUGGUGACUGGUACUGCAACUGCGGCUAUCACAACUUCGCCAGCCGCUCCAGCUGCCUCAAGUGCGGCACCAUCGUGAGGGACUUCCCAGCAGGCCAAGUUGGCGCUGCUGCUGUUGAGAGUGUUGGAGUUCGUGCUGGGUGGAAAGCAGGCGAUUGGAUAUGCACAAGGCCUGGUUGUAAUGUGCACAAUUUUGCAAGUAGGAUUGAGUGCUAUAGGUGCGAUGCACCUAGGGAAGCAGGCGCUGGGAAGUAAGGACCAACCGAGACCGAGAGGUGCGAUGAGCCGGCUAAGGAUGAGACAAUCUAUUGUCACGCUCACAAGCUGCGAUCCAGAAAGAAUAAAUUUACAUAGUACUAGUAUAUAUGCUGUAUUGCUAAGUGUGUUACUACUGUUGCAUGGUUGCCAGGGCAGGAGAAUUGCCCUUAGCUUCCGCUUUGUAACGUACCUUUGGUUUCUUCCCACCUCUUUUAGGCUGGUCGAGACAUUGCUGAAAUUGUACUGCUCGGUGUACUUGCAUUAUUAAUCUUAAACAUCCUUUAUAUAGCUAUUUUGCUUAA